AUGGCUGGAGGCGGAGGCGGAGGCGGAGGUGGAGGUGGAGGAGCGGCGCCGGCGCCGAAGCAGGAUGAGUUGCAGCCACAUCCAGUGAAGGACCAGUUACCAAACAUCUCCUAUUGCAUCACCAGCCCUCCUCCGUGGCCUGAGGCCAUUCUCCUUGGUUUCCAACAUUAUCUAGUUAUGUUGGGCACUACUGUUAUCAUACCAACUGUUCUUGUUCCUCAGAUGGGAGGUGGAAAUGAUGAGAAAGCCAGAGUAAUCCAGACAUUGCUCUUUGUGGCUGGUUUGAACACUCUACUACAGACUUUGUUCGGUACUCGAUUACCGGCUGUUAUUGGUGGGUCAUAUACAUUUGUGGUUCCUACAAUCUCUAUCAUCCUAGCUGGUCGCUACAAUGAUAUAGUGGAUCCUCAUGAGAAAUUUAAGCAUAUAAUGCGUGGAACGCAAGGUGCCCUUAUCGUUGCAUCAACCCUUCAAAUAAUUAUUGGCUUUAGCGGCCUUUGGCGUAAUGUCACAAGAUAUCUCAGUCCACUCUCGGCGGUUCCCCUGGUUGCUUUAGCUGGUUUUGGGCUCUAUGAAUUUGGUUUCCCUGGAGUUGCUAAAUGCAUUGAAAUUGGGCUUCCGCAGCUAAUUUUCCUCAUAGUAUUUUCACAGUAUAUACCUCAUGUAAUACGAUCUGAGAAACCUGUUUUCGAUCGAUUCGCUGUCAUAUUUUCUGUUGCAAUCGUGUGGCUGUAUGCAUACUUACUCACAGUUGGUGGGGCUUAUAAGAAUGCUGCACCAAAAACUCAAUCACAUUGUCGUGUUGAUCGUUCUGGACUUGUUAGUGCUGCUCCAUGGAUACGAAUUCCUUAUCCUUUCCAAUGGGGUGCACCUACCUUUGAUGCUGGUGAAGCUUUUGCUAUGAUGGCCGCUUCAUUUGUUGCUCUUGUAGAGUCCACAGGCGCCUUUAUUGCUGUUUCAAGGUAUGCAAGUGCUACACAAGUGCCUCCUUCCAUUUUAAGUCGGGGAAUUGGUUGGCAGGGAGUUGGCAUCUUGCUAGAUGGAUUGUUUGGAACAGCAAAUGGGUCAUCGGUAUCUGUUGAGAAUGCUGGUUUGCUAGCCUUGACACGUGUUGGAAGUCGAAGAGUUGUUCAAAUAUCAGCAGGAUUUAUGAUUUUCUUUUCCAUACUCGGAAAAUUCGGGGCUAUUUUCGCAUCCAUUCCGGCGCCAAUUGUUGCAGCUUUAUACUGUCUUUUCUUCGCAUAUGUCGGUGCAGUGGGUCUCAGUUACCUUCAGUUCUGCAACCUUAACAGUUUCAGAACAAAAUUCAUCUUAGGCUUCUCAAUUUUCAUGGGCUUAUCAGUUCCACAAUACUUCAAUGAAUACACCUCUGUUGCCGGUUAUGGUCCGGUCCAUACUCACGCAAGAUGGUUCAACGACAUUAUCAAUGUACCAUUCUCUUCAGAAGCAUUUGUUGCCGGCGUUGUUGCUUAUGUCUUGGACAACACACUUCAUAGGCAUGAUAAUGCAAUAAGGAAAGACAGAGGCCGUCAUUUCUGGGACAAGUUCAGAGGCUUCAAAACUGACCCCCGGAGCGAUGAAUUCUACUCCUUGCCGUUCAAGCUCAACAAAUUCUUUCCAUCGGUGUGA